AUGUACGUGAAGAUGCGCCGAUGGAGCGCGAUUGCAGAGACAAUGUUAGGGACCGUAUUGAUUUUCUCUCCGACUACUCGAUCCUCGCGGUUGGAAAUGUCAUAUGGAUCUUAUGAAACCACCACCAUCUUUCAGGGAAUGCGUGAACGUCUUCACUUCGGUCCUCAACGAGACGGUCCCGCCGAUCACUGGACUCAUGCCGAAAGCGUCGACGGACCGCGAGUUAAACCACGGACUCGAGGAGUUUUCGGCGGCGACGCACGGAUUCGGAAUGACCGCGACGGUCCUGUGA